AUGGAUCCGCCCAUGACCCCGACACCAGGCAAUGUAGCCGCCCGACCGCCUCGCCCCUCGCUUUCCUCUAGCUCGAGAAAACGCCGGCAGCCCAGCGAUUACCCACCAUCUGCUGAUAACAGCGCUAGAUGUAAUCCAAUGGGCGGUCGGGCCCCAGGCACUGCUCCGGUAUCCGUCUCCGAGACUACCAACGAGACCGAGACCCGCUUCGAACCCCCCGCUGAUAAUGCUGGCAAACCCUCCAAGUCUUCCAAACGCAAGAAGAAGCGCGAUCGCAAACGCCGCAACCGCCACCAGUCUUUUAUUCCACCCGAUCGCGAGGAACCCCAUGAAAGCCCUGGACGUAAUACAGGUGCGGGAGGUAAUUCAAUGGAGGCCGAUCGGCCAACCUCGAGGGACGCUACGUCGUUCUUCAAUUUGGGGCGGAAUUUGAGCAAUACAAGCUUAGAGAGCGAUGCCCUGUUGGAUCACCGCGACCAACCUAUGAUGCGACCUCGGCGUGACAGUCGCCUUGGAUCGUCAUUGCGCCCCGGCUCCUUACUCUCGAGCGUCUACCGGUCGAACGAUGGACAAUCUCGCAAUACCCCAAGAGCAGGACGAAGCCAGCAGUACCAGGAUGACGAUAGCGACGAAGAGGACAAUGAUCGGACACCCUUGGUGCGAUCGAACUCAAGCCACAAUCGCUAUGGAACAGAUAGUCGCCCGAGUAUGUUUUCAACUCGUGCUCGACAACCCUCCGUCCAGACCGUCUCUUCCGGGUGCUCGCCAAAGGACAACCGCAGCCCCCUCUAUUCUCCAGCUGUCGACCGAGACUACGAUGUCAAUAAUCCGCCAUCCAUCCCCGGGUCUCCAAAGCUGGGACCGGAGAUGAACUACGACGAUGCAGUGGUCACCGGGGCUGAUUGGGAUUUCACGCUGGCGCGAUCAAUGGAGAACCGCAGGGACUCUUUGAACAUUCUCAACGACACAUUGAUUGAUAUUGACGGCAAUGGGGUACACCCCCAUUCUGCACCAUCUUCUUCACCUGGAUCGCCGCUGCUUUCUCCAAACCAGGAAUUGCGGCGACGCCGGACUGUGGCAUUGCCGGCAGAAGGAGAUGUGUGUUUCCCCACCGAGACAAUAUCAGAAAUCGGAGACGAGGGGCCGAGGCAGAUGGGCAUAGAAGCUGGCGAACGUCGAAGACGUCGACACCGGCGGUGGCCCGAUCUCUCCGCACUGGAAGAAUGGAGUCGCGAGGAGAAAGAGGGACGCAACGGGGAUUUCCGAGUCAAGAAGAUCAGUGAGCCGAUGCUCAUCGAAGGCCGAUUGCGUCCACAGUAUAAAUCCUGGAAACGCGAAGAGGAAGAAGCACCUUAUCGAUUCACUUACUUCAACGAAGAAUUCCCGAGCACCAUUCACGCCCAGACUAUCUCUGAGCUGGUACAGCCAGGCGGUAGCUUCCGAGAUUUGUUCAUUCCGGACCCCCCAGAGUUGGAGGAUUCGUCAGAUGAUUCAGAUAAUGAAGAGGACUCAUUCAUUGAUAAUCCGGCAAACCACCAAAACCUUGGUAAUAAGCCGGCCUCUCAUCCGGAUCUCCAAAGUCAAGGCCAAGGCCAGGGCCAUCAAACAAACGCCAACCCUAAUAUGACAGUUCAGAAUGUCUCGGUCGCUACUGGAAAGACUACAAGCGACCUUCUUACUGGCAAUGCUCCCCCUGUCAGAGGGCCCUCGCGUUUGUCUGUGAUCAGCGAAGGGCACGCUGACUCCGCCCGCGAACUGUCGCCUGCACAAUCGAACACUCAUCUCGGCCCCGGCCAGCCCAAACCAAAACGGUACGGUCCUCGGCCGACUUUCUGGCUCGACGUUCUCUCCCCAACAGACGCAGAGAUGCGUACGAUCGCAAAGGCGUUCGGUAUUCACGCGCUGACAGCAGAGGACAUCAUGAUGCAAGAAGCUCGGGAGAAAGUCGAGCUAUUCCGAAGCUACUAUUUCGUCAACUACCGCACGUUUGAACAGGACAAAAACAGCGAGGAUUAUCUCGAGCCUGUGAACAUGUACGUGGUAGUGUUCCGCGAAGGUGUAAUUUCUUUCCAUUUCUCGCAAACACCCCAUCCAGCCAAUGUGCGACGCCGCAUCCGCCAGCUGAUGGAUUACCUGAUCCUAAGCUCAGACUGGAUCUCCUACGCCCUGAUCGACGAUAUUACCGAUGUUUUCGGACCGCUGAUCCAAGCCAUUGAAGACGAGGUUGAUGAGAUCGACGAAAUGAUCAUGCAAAUGCACUCAUCUAGUAAGGAAGACUCGCCAAGUGAUAGCGUGCCUCCCUCAUUCGCCCCCGGAGAGAUGCUCCGACGGGUAGGCGAAUGCCGCAAAAAGGUCAUGGGACUGUAUCGACUACUCAGCAACAAGGCCGAUGUAGUCAAGGGCUUUGCCAAGCGCUGCAACGAACAGUGGGAGGUAGCACCAAAGUCCGAAAUCGGUCUGUAUCUGGGUGAUAUCCAGGAUCACAUUAUGACGAUGACGGGCAAUUUGACACACUACGAAACUAUCCUGUCCCGCGCGCAUUCCAAUUAUCUGGCUCAGAUCAACAUCCUCAUGAACGAACGGCAGGAACAUACUGCCGACGUGCUGGGUAAGCUGACUGUCCUCGGUACUAUUGUGCUACCGAUGAACAUCAUCUGCGGCAUGUGGGGAAUGAACGUCAAGGUGCCCGGUCAAGAAAUUGACAGUUUGACCUGGUUCUGGUGCAUUACUGCCGGGUUAUUCGUAUUUGCUCUUGUUUCCGUUGUGAUUGCUAAACGAGUCUACAAAAUCGUAUAG